AUGACGGUUCCCUCAGGCGAUUACUCAAACCCCAGUGUCGAGUCCGUCCACGCUUACGCUCGUCAGUUGCUUCGCGAUGUCAAACGAGUCAAUAAUGAGGCCGACGCGCCCCUCAAGUGGAUGGAGGAGGACCUCAAAGGCCUGCACCAAGUCUUGAAGUACCUGCAUGUUGAAUCCCAAGAUCAGGACUCGGUCCUCAAAGACACUUCCCGCGAUAACAUCUACGCCAAAAGAUUAGCGUCCGCCGUCGAAGACAGCGAUGAGGCCCUGCGCGAAGUUGACGAUAUCCUUCACCAAUAUGGCGACGGACGUGAUGGGGUAAUCGACCGCCUGCAGUUAAGGCUGAACCUCCUGGAUCUGGAAUCUCCGACUCGCAAGAUCUCGAAGCUUCUCGAUGCGGUGCAGGUUCAUAACCCUGAGAAUGCCCAGGAGGUGUUGGAUCAUACCGAUGGCAAGCAGCUGGAGAUGAUCAAGGAUAAGCUGGAACGGGUUGCGACGAGGAUGUUCCAAAACCGAGCGUCUCCUACCACCGAAAUGAGGGAGGAUACGUGGCAGACCUUCAAGGAGGAGCUUGAGAAGGAGGGGUUUUCGCCCGAGAUCUUGAGGAAGAAUAAGGAGGUCUUACGAGCGUAUAUCCGCGAACUCGAGGCCAACCAGUCCCCCCACUCCGGUUCACCGCCGUCCGUUCGUGGUCUGCUCGACUACCAUCCCUCGUCCAACGGUCAACAAGAUAGUCCAAGGUUUCCGGACUAUGACCCCAAUGUACCACAAGCCUUGCAGCCGUACCACCACCACAGGACCCCUGGUCUCAACAGUCAAUACAGUUACGAUGUUCAGACACCAGACGCUUCAGACUCCGAUUCCAACAAUGGGUCCCAAGCAGGUGCCUUGAUCUCAACCCGCGACCUCAUGGAUCUCGACAACCAUAACCCCGACAUUCUCGCCGCCCGCAUGGGUUCCAUGCACCUGGCCCCCUAUCCCACAGGAAAUAACCACUACGCCUCUCCCGGUACCUCGCCCAGCAAAGGACAUUACCUCACAUCCGGCCCUCAACCGCUCGCCAUCCCCGGCUCCAAGUCCCAGUCCAGCAACGGCAUGCUUUCCGCCUCUUCCUCCGCCCAGUACGGCACAUCCCCUCGCUACGUCCCACCCCUGGCUAUGCCGCCCUACCCAGAUGCACCUCCUUCCCAAGGGCCACCAACCACCGCAGCAUCGUUCAUGUCACCUCCCGCUCCCUAUACCGACAGCCCGUCCCUCAUGCAUGGCGGCAGCAGCUUUCCAGCCAUUUCUUCUUCUUCUUCUGCACCCCCAGUAGGGAAUGACAUACUCAACCACAAGCCCACACCUCGGCAGUACACCCGUCUAGCACCCGAUGGUAAAGGCAAAGAGAUUCCAAUAGACGCGAAAUGGACCCGCAUCAAGCGCAAGCUGGUGUCUCCCGAAGUGCUCGAAAGAGCCGGCGUGCGCUACGAAGCUCGUCCGGAUUUUGUUGCUGUCCUGGGAGAGCUGACAAAGGAAGACAUCCUCGAGUUUGCCAGACAAACGACCGAAGUCAGGAACGCGAGGAGCACCUGGCCCACACCCGACACAACCAGCCGCCGCCGACGCAGAGCAGCGACCCGGCACUCGGACAGCAGCGGCGAGUCCUCGGACACUGAUGACGUGAGCGAUGGUGCAUCCGACGCUGCUUCCAGGCGAAGAAGGAGACACCGUCGGCGGGCGAGUGAUGCAUCAACCCAUGCCUCUACCAAUCACGAUGAUGCCCAGAGGGCUGGUGGUCAACCGGUGAUUGUGUCGCCGCCGGCAAGUGUGAAUGGAGAUGACUCGAAGAGUAGUAGUAUCACAAGUCCUAGCACCCCGAAACCGAUUCUCAAGAACAAGAACACGAACCACGUCCGGGAUGGUCCGAAGGAAAUUAGCCCCGGGGAGUAUGCUGAGCGGAAGAGACGGGAGGAGGAGCGCGAAAACAGACGCAGAAAUAGGGAUCCAAGCCGGGACGACCGAGGCGAUCGCGAUCGGGACCGUGACCGUGACCGUGACCGCAGCAGGCAUCACAGGGACAGGGACAGGGACAGGGACCGUGAUCGGGAUCGCGACCGGGAUCGGAGUCGUAGCCGUGUACGCCCACGAGACUUGGUUGCGGCGGAUCUUGGAAGAGACCGGGAUAAUAGGGACCGCGACCCUUCUCGCUCGAGGAGAGAUCGGGACAGGGAUAGGGGGGAUAGGGACAGGGACCGCGACAACAGGGAGCGCGACCACAGAGACCGGGACAGGGAGAGGGAAAAGGAUCGCGACAGAGACACCAGGGACCUGCGCGAACGUGAUAGAGGAGAUAGGGACCGCGACAGGGACAGAUACCGAGAUGGCGGCGAAAGGGACCGUGACAGGGAAAGGGACCGCGAUCGCCACCGCUCCUCCCGCCACCAUGACCGGGACCGUGAUCGCGACCGGGAUAGGGAACGGGAACGGGAACGGGAACGGGAACGGGAACGCAGAGAACGGAGCGAGAAGUCGAGCAAGAGCGCACUCAUCGGAGGCGCGGCGGUUACGCUGCUGAGUAUCCUGACGGAGGCUAGUCAGCAUUUGUGA